GGGGCGGCGCGGGCCGGGCGGCGGGCGGCGGUGCGAGCGGAGGAGCACGGCUUCAGAGGUAAAUGAGGUGAUCUCCACACCAAGGAAGCAGUGCUGGAAGACAAUUUGAGUGGCAUCAUGCUGUCUAGACCUAAGCCAGGGGAGUCUGAGGUGGACCUGCUGCGCUUCCAGAGUCAGUUUCUGACUGCCGGCACAGCCCCCGCAGUGCAAUUGGUGAAGAAAGGAAGUAGGAGACAUGGCGCUGGUAACUCAGACCAGCCUCUGCUGCAGGACUGUCGGGAUGUGGUGAUGCUGGACAAUCUCCCAGAUUUGCCCCCAGCUUUGGUUCCUGCUCCUGCAAAGAGAUCUAGGUCCAGCCCAGGUCACCCUGAGCCUCAGGAUGAGGACCUUGAAGAAAGACUGAGCAGGCAUGAUCAGCACAUCACGGCUGUCUUGACAAAAAUUAUUGAACGCGACACAAGUUCGGUGGCUGUGAAUCUUCCUGUGCCCAGCGGCGUUGCCUUUCCCCCUGUGUUCCACCGCUCACAAGAGAGACAGGGGACUCCAGCAGUAUCUGGGAAGAGGAGUAUCUUUGCCCAGGAGAUAGCAGCAAGGAGAGCAUCUGAAAGCAGGGUCCCAUCACUUGGGGAAGUUGUCCCCAGCCUGGACCUACCAGAGGGUACUGUGACCUGUAAGUCACCCCCCUCUAGUGACAAGAGUAGCAGGCUUCCAGGAAGCAGACACAAUUUCCAGCGGCCACAUCUGGUCACAGGCAAGGGCCUCAGGGUCCCAGAGGCUGAGCAGGAAGCACAGACCAUCCAUGAAGAGAAUGUAGCCAGACUGCAAGCAAUGGCUCCAGAGGAAAUCCUGCAGGAGCAGCAGCAGUUGCUGGCUCAGCUUGACCCCAGUUUGGUCGCCUUCUUGAAAUCGCAUAGCCACACCCAAGAGGAAGCAGGAGUGAAUGCCACCAAGGAUCAGAGACCAGAAGGACCUUCAGUUCCUGUCCUUAAAGAGGAGACCAUCAUGUCAGCUUCUACCAGUGAGCCCAAAAAGGAGGACAAGCUGGAGCCAGAAGCCCCAGCAAUGGUACUGCCCAUGACCCCCCACAAAGAAUGGCUUCAUAUGGACACCGUUGAGCUAGAGAAGCUUCACUGGACCCAGGACCUGCCUCCACUCCAACGGCAGCAGACACAGGAGCAAAUGCAGGCCCGGUUCAGUCUUCAGGGAGAACUCCUAGCCCCUGAUGUUGACUUGCCCACCCAUUUGGGCCUGCACCACCAUGGAGAGGAGGCAGAGAGAGCAGGGUACUCUCUACAGGAGCUGUUCCAUCUGACCCGCAGCCAGGUGUCCCAGCAGAGAGCACUGGCAUUGCAUGUGUUGUCCCAGGUCAUUGGCAGGGCCCAGGCUGGUGAGUUUGGGGACCGGCUAGAUGGUAGUGUCUUACGUCUGCUCUUGGAUGCCGGUUUCCUCUUCCUUUUGCGCUUCUCCCUGGAUGACAGGGUGGAUGGGGUCAUCGCAGCAGCUGUCCGGGCUCUUCGUGCUCUGCUAGUAGCUCCUGGAGAUGAGGAGCUUCUGGAUAGCACCUUCUCUUGGUAUCAUGGAGCUUCGGUGUUCCCUCUGAUGCCCAGCCAGGAGGACAAGGAGGAUGAGGGUGAGGAUGAGGAACCCGCAGCAGAAAAGACAAAGAAGAACCCCGAGGAAGGAAGCCGACCUCCGCCUGAUCUGGCCCGACAUGAUGUUAUCAAGGGGCUCCUGGCCACCAACCUGCUGCCUAGACUACGCUAUGUGCUAGAGGUGACUUGCCCAGGACCCUCUGUUGUCCUUGACAUCCUGGCUGUGCUCAUCCGCCUGGCCCGGCAUUCCCUGGAGUCAGCCAUGAGGGUCCUGGAGUGUCCUCGCUUAAUAGAGACCAUAGUUCGAGAGUUUCUGCCCACCAGCUGGUCCCUCAUGGGGGUGGAGCCUACCCCCAGUAUGUACAGAGUGCCCUGUGCUGCUGCCAUGAAACUGCUUAGAGUCCUGGCUUUGGCUGGGAGGAAUAUUGCUGCCAGGCUGUUGAGCAGCUUUGAUCUUCGGAGCCGCCUAUGCCGCUUCAUAGCUGUGGCUCCCCAAGAACUGGGAUUGCCCCUCAAAGAAGCAGAGACACUGAGUGCUGAGGCCUUUCGUCUGUGGGCCGUGGCUGCCUCCUAUGGCCAUGGUGGUGACCUUUACAGGGAGCUGUACCCAGUGCUCAUUCGAGCCUUGCAGGCGCUGCCCGCGGAACUCAGCUCCCACCCACUACAGCCCCUGUCCGCGCAGCGCAUGGCCUCGCUCCUCACGCUCCUCACUCAGCUGACCCUGGCAGCUGGUAGCACCCAUUCUGAACCCAUCAGUGACUCUGCUGAGGCUCACUUGUCAGCCACCUCAUCUUCAAUCACCUGGACACAGGUAUCUGGACUCCAGCCACUGGUAGAACCAUGUCUAAAGCAGACUUUGAAGUUGCUGUCCAAACCUGACAUGUGGCAUGCCCUGGGCCCAGUACCCAGUGCCUGCUUGCUGUUCCUGGGUGCCUACUACCAAGUCUGGAGCCAGCAGCCACAUUUGUGCCCAGAAGACUGGCUUCAGGACAUCGAGCGUCUGUCAGAAGAGUUGUUGUUGCCGCUGCUGAAUCAGCCCUCCCUGGGCAGCCUGUGGAAUUCCCUGAGGCACUGCUCACUUCUCUGCAACCCUCUGUCCUGUGCUCCAGCCCCUGAAGCUCUCCCCAGUCUUGUGUCACUGGGCUGUGCAGGGGGCUGUCCCCCUGUCAGUGUGGCUGGUCCAGCCUCACCUUUCCCCUUCCUCACUGCCCUCCUCUCUCUUGUCAACACUCUGGUCCGGAUCCACAAGGGACUUUGUGGCCAGCUGGCUGCCAUGUUGGCUGCCCCAGGACUCCAGAAGUACUUCCUCCAGUGUGUGGCUCCUGGGCCUGCCCCUCAGCUCAUGCCCUUCUCUGCCUGGGCCCUACGCCAUGAGCACCACCUGCAGUACCUGGCACUCUCCCUGGCCCAGAAAGCGGCAACAUCUCAGCCAGUGCCAGACACCAGUGCUGCCCUCCACCAUGCUGUGGCCUUGGCCCUGCUGAGCCGGCUGCUGCCUGGAAGCGAGCACCUCGCCCAGGAGCUCCUGCUGAGCUGUGUCUUCCGGCUGGAGUUCCUCCCGGAAACUACAUCAGGGGGUCCAGAAGCAGCUGACUUCUCCGAUGGCCUGUCCUUGGGGAGCAGUGGAGAUCCUUGGCGUGGGCGAGGGGAUCUCCUCAGUCGGGCCUGCCAGAACCUCCCCAGCAUCCGCAGCUGCUACCUGACUCACUGCUCACCAGCCCGAGCCAGCCUGCUUGCCUCCCAGGCCUUGUACUGUGGGCAGCUACGGCGAGUCUCAAGCCUGCUGCUGCCUGUGCCUAAGGAGCCGUUGCUGCCCACUGACUGGCCCUUCCAGCCACUGAUUCAUCUCUACCACUCGGCUUCAGACACUCCUGGGCUCCCUUCCACUAACAUUGUGGGCACAGCCAUGACAGUCCUACAGUGGGUGCUAGUUCUAGAGAGCUGGCGCCCCAAGGCCUUAUGGGCAGUGCCUCCUGCUGCCCGCCUGGCACGGCUUAUGUGUGUGUUCCUGGUGGACAGUGAGCUGUUCCGAGAGACCCCCAUACAGCAUCUGGUGGCAGCUCUCCUAGCCCAGCUCUGUCGGCCUCAAGUCCUGCCAAAUCUCAACCUGGACUGCCCACUUCCUGGCCUGACUUCUUUUCUGGACCUCUAUGCCAGCUUCUUGGACCAUUUUGAGGCUGUCUCUUUCGGGGACCACCUUUUUGGGGUUCUUGUUCUCCUUCCCCUGCAGCGUCGGUUCAGUGUCACCUUGCGUCUCACACUCUUUGGGGAGCAUGUGGGAGCCUUGCGAGCUCUUGGCCUGCCUCUGACCCAGUUACCUGUGCCCCUGGAGUGCUACACAGGGCCUCCUGAAGACAACCUCGCCCUCCUCCAGCUUUACUUUCGGGCCUUGGUAACUGGUGCACUCCGUCCACAUUGGUGUCCUGUACUCUAUGUUGUGGCUGUGGCUCAUAUCAAUAGCUUCAUCUUUUCCCAGGACCCAAAGAGCUCAGAUGAGGUGAAGGCUGCUCAAAGGAAUAUGCUACAGAAAACAUGGCUUCUGGCAGAUGAGGGUCUGCGGCAUCAUCUCCUUUACUAUAAGCUUCCUAGCUCCAGCGUCCCAGAGGGCUUUGAGCUGCAUUCCCAGUUACCUGCCCUGAGGCAGCGGCAUCUCCAGGCACUGACCUCUAAGGUGCCCCCAAAUGGAGUGUCCAUGACCUAGGACAGUUGCCACCCUUGAAAGAUGGAUACAUUCUCCUGACCUCACUGGUGGACACCCCACACUGAAGAGCAUCAUGCCCUAAGGGAAAGCAGGCGACACAGGAAUGCCGGGCUUGCCUUCCUGAGAACACACUGAGCUUUUUUGGAGCAGAAGGAGCCCUAUUUUUACAUCAUGAUAUCUGGAGUUUGGGCUCUGGGGCCUGUGCUAGGAGUGAAGAGUGUGUUAGCUAUUGAUUUCUUCUCUAGGGACAGGACACUCUCCGUUCACCUUUCCUCAACUACCUCUAAUUGCCAGCCAGGCCUGGGGGGUAUAUGAAUGCUUUCCUGUGCAUCGAAAUAAAUGCUUUUCUAGUCUCCC